AUGGGGGAUUACGCUGCCCUGGCCGCGCUCGCCGUCGCCGUCGCCUGCGCGCUAAUGGCGUCCGCCGCGACGCCGGCGCGCGCGCAGCAGUGCGGGCAGCACGCGGGGGGCAUGCUGUGCCCGAACAACCUCUGCUGCAGCCGGUCGGGCCGCUGCGGCCUGGGCGCCGACUACUGCGGCGCUGGCCUCGGCGUCGAGUUCUGCGGCGACGGCUGCCACAGCGGCGCGUGCUGCGAGCAGCGCUGCGGGUGGCAGGCGGGCGGCGACGCCUGCACCAACGGCUACUGCUGCGGCCGGAACGGGUACUGCGGCCUCGGCGGCGACUACUGCGGCACCGGAUGCCAGAGCGGCCAGUGCCUCCACGCCGGCGGUGGAGCGGCGGCCCGUGCCGUUGGAGAGCUCCUCAACCGGACGGCUUCUGCUGCUGGAACCAAGGCGUCAUUGCCGCAGUAG